GGGGGGAGGAGGCCGCAAGUGGGGAGGGGAGCAGGAGGGGAGAGGGAGGGCGCCGAGGAAGACGCUCUGAGAACCCGUGCGUUUCGUAAGGCUCGGAACACUUGUACAUUUCUGCAGGCGCACAGCGAGCCAUUCGCGGCUGCUGCAGCUCCGACUGCAUCUUCCUCCUCCUCUUCCUUCCCCCAGGCUUCAGGCGUGUGUAUGUGUGAAUGUAUGUGAGUGUGUGUGUUUUGCAGGUGUGUCGGUUUUAAUUCUGCCCAGUAGGUGGGACUUGGUGACUUUAGCACCAUUUCCCUCCCCCCUUUUUUUCUUUUUUCUUUCUUUCUUUUUUUUCCUUUUUUCUUUUUUUGCCUCACCACUGUCUGUUGCAACCCUGCAAAGUCUCAGAGUCGCUGAGCACGGCUCGCUUCCCGAGCCCCAAGACCCGGCGAGCCGGCGAGUGCCGAGCCGGCCACCAUGCCAGGCAGACCGCGCCACUAGGCGCUCCCCGCGGCUCCUACCCGGCGGCGGCGGCAGCAGCAGCGGCAGCAGCGGCCGCGAUGGUUUCAGAGGCUGAAGAAUUUUGCAUCUGAUCGCACGGCGUUUCAAAGAAGCAGCGAUCGGAGAUGGAUGUCUCUCUUUGCCCAGCCAAGUGUAGUUUCUGGCGGAUUUUCUUGCUGGGAAGCGUUUGGCUUGACUAUGUGGGCUCCGUGCUGGCUUGCCCUGCAAAUUGUGUCUGCAGCAAGACUGAGAUCAAUUGCCGGCGGCCGGACGAUGGGAACCUCUUCCCCCUCCUGGAAGGGCAGGAUUCAGGGAACAGCACCGGGAGCGCCAGCAUCAACAUCACGGACAUCUCAAGGAAUAUCACUUCCAUACACAUAGAGAACUGGCGUGGUCUGCACACACUCAACGCCGUGGACAUGGAGCUCUACACCGGCCUCCAGAAGCUGACCAUCAAGAACUCAGGACUUCGGAGCAUCCAGCCCAGAGCCUUUGCCAAAAACCCCCACUUGCGCUACAUAAACCUGUCGAGUAACCGGCUCACCACUCUCUCAUGGCAGCUCUUCCAGACGCUGAGUCUCCGGGAAUUGAGAUUGGAGCAGAACUUCUUCAACUGCAGCUGUGACAUCCGCUGGAUGCAGCUGUGGCAGGAGCAGGGGGAGGCCAGGCUGAACAGCCAGAACCUCUACUGCGUCAGCGCCGAGGGCUCCCAGCUGCCCCUGUUCCGUAUGAACAUCAGCCAGUGCGACCUUCCUGAGAUCAGUGUGAGCCACGUCAACUUGACCGUACGGGAGGGUGACAAUGCCGUCAUUACUUGCAAUGGCUCUGGGUCACCCCUGCCCGAUGUGGACUGGAUCGUCUCUGGACUGCAGUCCAUCAACACCCACCAGACAAAUCUGAACUGGACCAACGUACAUGCCAUCAACCUGACGCUGGUGAACGUGACGAGUGAGGACAACGGCUUCAGCCUGACGUGCAUCGCAGAGAACGUGGUGGGCAUGAGCAAUGCCAGCGUGGCGCUCACCGUCCACUACCCGCCGCGUGUGGUGAGCCUGGAGGAGCCCGAGCUGCGCCUGGAGCACUGCAUCGAGUUCGUGGUGCGCGGCAACCCGCCCCCGACGCUGCGCUGGCUGCACAACGGGCAGCCCCUGCGGGAGUCCAGGAUUAUCCGGGUGGAGUACUACCAGGAGGGCGAGGUGGCCGAGGGCUGCCUACUCUUCAACAAGCCCACGCACUACAACAACGGCAACUACACCCUCAUCGCCAGGAACCCCCUGGGCACGGCCAACCAGACCAUCAACGGCCACUUCCUCAAGGAGCCUUUUCCAGAGAGCACGGAUAACUUUGUCUCUAUCUAUGAAGUGAGCCCCACACCUCCUAUCACUGUGACCCACAAACCGGAGGAAGACACUUUCGGGGUAUCCAUCGCUGUCGGGCUUGCUGCUUUUGCCUGCGUCUUGUUGGUGGUUCUCUUCAUCAUGAUCAACAAGUACGGCCGUCGGUCUAAAUUUGGCAUGAAAGGUCCCGUGGCUGUCAUCAGCGGAGAGGAGGACUCCGCCAGCCCGCUGCACCACAUCAACCACGGUGUCACCACGCCGUCGUCGCUGGACGCCGGGCCGGACACCGUGGUCAUCGGCAUGACCCGCAUUCCGGUCAUUGAGAACCCGCAGUACUUCCGUCAGGGACACAACUGCCACAAGCCAGACACAUGGGUCUUUUCAAACAUAGACAAUCAUGGGAUAUUAAACUUGAAGGACACUAGAGACCAUCUAGUCCCAUCAACUCACUAUAUAUAUGAGGAGCCCGAGGUCCAGUGUGGGGAAGUGUCUUACCCGAGGUCACAUGGUUUCAGAGACAUUAUGUUGAAUCCAAUAAGCCUUCCCGGACAUCCCAAGCCUCUUAACCAUGGCAUCUAUGUUGAGGAUGUCAGUGUUUAUUUCAGCAAAGGACGUCAUGGCUUUUAAAAACUCCUUUUAAGCCUCCCUGUUUCGAUGCCACCUGGGUAGGCCGGGCUCUCUGAGAGGUUGGAAGCUCUAGGCGUGGUUCCCUUUGGAUCCGGGGAUGCUAAGUAGAAACUGCAUGAGCCGCCGGGGCCCACACCCUUUACCGCUGCGAGGCGGGUGUUUUCCCCAUCCACCACUGGCAGGGUUGCCCUUUCCCGCCAGUCGUCACUGUGCUCCUUUUUUCCGGCCUCCGAGGCAGCUCCUGCCACCGUCUUUAGAGCCAAUAAAGAGAAUUAAAAACCUGUGCACCAGGAACCAUCUUUCAAACACGCUAGCCAUUCUCUUGCUUUACAAAAACGACCCAAGCACCACAAGACGGCCUGACGACGCCAGCCGCGCUCCGGCCUCACUUGCCCUGCUCGGAAGCCUGGGGUCCCCCCGGCUCACCUCUUAGGCACCUUGUCGCCGGCAGCCUGCUGUGGGGAAGAGCAGAGGUGGAGACGGCGGGGGAGAGGAGGGCGAGCCAGGCCCGAGUCGGCACCAGGUUAGGUCUCAGAGGAGAGGAUGGAAACCAGUCAUUUUCUGUGCUUUUUUAUUGGUGGAGAAAACCAUACAUUUUUUUUUUUGGUUUUUUUUGGACACACUUUCCCCCUACUUCCUCUUCUCUCUGGAACGGCUCACAGUGAGUGGGAUUAGAAAACCCCUUGGCGAGGAGGAAUUCUCCGGGACCUUCCCUCGGCCCCUAGACCUGCAGUUGUGACACGCUUGGCUGGCUGCAGGAGGUCUUGCCUAGGACUUGGCCAUCCUACUGGGACCGCAGGGGCCCAGGGGAAGCCGGGGCCGCGGCCCUUUGUGCUAGGCCAUGAGCCCGGGAGUGGCCCUCUUCCCCACUGGCGCUGGUUCUUGACAGAACUUUCGGAACCCACUGGAAUCACCAUUUCAAGGAAGAGGAACUGAAGGGGAAGAGCAGUAGAAAGUGGCCUCCUCAGCCCCUCUCAUGGCGCCAGUGGAAGUGUCGUCCUGUUCUCUGGUCAAUAUACGUGUUUACCUUGCUUGCUUUGACUCAUGCCUUAUUCUAUGGCCACCCUCUCCCAAAGAGGGGGUUGUUUCCCCCAUUUUGACCUUGACCCACUGGGGAGAGGGGCAGGCAUGAUAGGAAGGGCACAGUUGUAGGGCCUGAGCGUCUCAGAUUUGCCGCCACGUUGGCCGAGUGGGCUGUGGGCUGGGCCCAGCGACCCUUGCCCAUGGUGCCCCCAUUGUGUGACGUCAGCACAGGCUGCGUCCCCGAUGGUGGAGAGCAUGGAGCAGGGGCCCCUCCGGGAGCUCUGAGGACACAGCGGUGGUGGUCUUAACCCACGGCGGUUCGGGGGCGACGCACCAUGCUGGAGAACAGUCUCUGCCUUCGGCAGACGUACUGGGGGUUAGGAUCCCCACCUCGAGUUUUGUGUCCUGGCUCCUGUGGAUGGCGGUUCUUCACGUCAGGUUCCCAGCGUGGUUCUGCAGGUGCUUCAGUGAGGUUUAGAGACGCAAAGCUUUCCAAGUUCUUGCCCAGCGUCUGCGGUGGCCUCCCAGGCUCCUGAGUGUCCGGAGCUCCCCCCGGGGAUGCAGCUUCUCCCCUGGUCCUUGAGCUGUGUGUUUCCCUAGCCCCUCCCAGCUCCCGCCCUCCUGCUCCCCACGCUUCACGUCAGGCUGGUCCCCAUGCUGUCCCGCCAGCCCUUGGGCCAGGACCUCCUCCUGAGUGUGCUUUAAGGAGUCAGCUGGAGGAGGAUGGUUUUUAAUUAUUGUAAAUCAUGACCUCAUUUCCGGCCUCCCAGGCUUCAUCCAUCUCAGCAUCUUCUAUUCUGCCAUUUUCCUCACCUUGUGCUAUGACAAUGGGGCAUUGUGUUUCCACAGAGACUUAUAGGAGUGUUCAGUGUAUAGUUUCUUAAUAAACACUUUAUUUUCUAAUGAAA